UUUCCUAUUAAAAAAAGAAGAAGAACCAUGGCAAAUAAUAUUAAAACUGACUAAUUUGAUCGCACGGACAAACACCAAGAAUUUAGCUCAGAAGACAGAUUUGCAAUUACAGACACCCAAAAUCAAAGACUUCACACUGUAGUUGGGUUCAAGAUUCAAUUUCGGAUUAUCGGCGUUAUUUCGGUUUCUCAACCACUCUACCUGUGCUGCUGCUGAGGAGGGAGCAAUUCCUUCUUUACCAAAGCUCAAGCUUUAAGCGGACAGAUCGCAGCUUUGCUUGCGCAGACUAUGAACUACUGCAAUAAUUGGUGGUGAUAUCGAGCUAGUUUAGGCGAGCAGCAAGUAUUAUGUAGAAGAAAAAUUAGGGGAUGAAGAAGUGGACUGGGGGCGUGCUCAUAGUAGCCCUUGCUCUGAUUUUGUUUCUCAGCUACACUUUGAUUGGCAAAUCUGAAUCUUCCAAGAAACAGUCUGCAUACGAUUUUUUCAAUCCACAGCCACCCAAAGAGGAAGAUCCAGAUCUCAAUGCCAAUGCCGAUGCCAAUGCCAAUGGCGGCAGUGAGUCAAGUGAAACGCUGCACACAAUCACUAGGCCUAAACCCCAGUUGAGAUAUCUUCAAGAAUUGGAGGAUCUGUAUAGUUUAAGUAAAAACUUGAGCCGAGAAGACCCCUCUGCAUUGCUUGCGUGGGGCCAAAUGAAGUUCUUGUUUCCAAGAUCGGAUGCAUUGCCCGAAACCGAUCAAGGCAUUAAAGAGGCUCUAGUAAUGUGUAGAGAUUUGCUUGUCAUGGUCGAGGAGGACAAAGCUGCCAAGCUUGGGAAUGCCAGCAUGGCCAGAAGCUGUCCCAGUUUUGUAAGUGCUACAUUGUCAAAGAAUGAGAGUUUGCUGGAGAUCCCUUGUGGCCUCGUUGAGGACUCUUCGGUUACUGUGAUUGGGAUACCUGAUACUCGCCAAGAUAGUUUCCAGAUUGAAUUGAUAGGCUCACCAAUUGAGGAGGGGCUAAAGCCUCCAAUUCUGCUGCACUACAAUGUUGUGCUACCUGGUGAGAACUUGACAAAAGAGCCUGUUUUAGUUCAAAAUUCAUGGAUCCAAGAAUCUGGGUGGGGCAAGCCGGAGAGAUGCCCGGAUCAUGCUCCACCCCGUCCUCUUCAAGUUGAUGGACUGGUUAAGUGCAAUACACAAAUUAUUAGGAAAACUGCAGAUGAAAGUGCAAAUACGACUCAUCCAACAAACAGAAAAUUAGCUAAUGUUUCUGAAGGGAGUACCCACGUAAGCUCUGCCUUCCAGUUUGUUGAAGGUAACCCCUUCAUUGCUACAUUUUGGGCCGGUGUCGAGGGUUUUCACACGACAGUAAAUGGAAGGCAUGAAACAUCGUUUGCGUAUAGAGAGAGACUUGAACCUUGGUUGGUCAAUAGAGUUGAUGUGAAAGGUAGCUUGACUACCAUUUCGAUCAUAGCAAAAGGACUGCCUGCUAGUGAAGAUGUGGAUUUAGUUGGUGAUGCUCAACAGCUGAAAGCUGCACCACUUUCUGAUAAACGGCCGCUUCUACUGCUUAUUGGGGUAUUCUCAUCAGGGAAUAACUUUGAGAGGCGUAUGGCUCUAAGGAGGACUUGGAUGCAAUAUGAUGGUGUGCGUUCAGGGAAGGUGGCUGUUCGUUUCUUCAUUGGACUUCACAAGAACAAAGAAGUGAACUUGAAGGUGUGGAGAGAAGGUGAAGUGUAUGGAGAUAUCCAGUUGAUGCCAUUUGUCGAUUACUACAGCCUGCUUACUUACAAAACCAUUGCUAUUUGCAUCCUGGGGAGUGAAAUAGUGUCAGCUAGAUUCAUUAUGAAAAUGGACGAUGAUGCAUUUGUGAGGAUCGAUGAAGUUGUAUCGAGGCUGGAGGGGAGGACGGGGAAGGGGUUUGUGUACGGACGUAUAUCUUUUGAUUCAGCUCCCAACAGGGACAAGGACAACAAAUGGUUCAUAAGCGAAGAGGAGUGGCGGCAUUCCUCGUAUCCUCCUUGGGCGCAUGGUCCCGGUUACAUAGUAUCCCACGACGUUGCUAAAUUUAUAGUUGCAGGCCACCGGGACAGGGAUCUCAUGCUGUUUAAGCUGGAAGACGUGGCUGUGGGGAUAUGGAUUCAGCAAUAUGAAAGCAAAGGGCAGAAAAUAGAGUAUGUGAACGAUGAUAGAUUCAACAAUGAGGGAUGCGAAUCCGACUACAUUCUUGCUCAUUACCAGAAUCCUAGGAUGAUGUUGUGCCUCUGGGACAACCUCCUUAAACUUCAUAAACCUCAAUGCUGCGAAUAAUUUCUUUCUAUCUACAUGCGUUUCAUUUCCAUUUGCAAAUAUAUUUGUAUUUUCCUUUUA